AUGCUGUGGUAUCAGCAAACAGAAAAUUAUGGGCCCUUCAAACUCAUUGGAAAUCUAGUUUAUAAAGGUAACACCACUGAAGACUCGUACAAGGAACGUUUCGGCAUGACCGGAGAUGGUUCAAGUCAGGGGUUUCUCCAUAUUAGUGCAAACGGAGAUGUCAUCAGGAUCAAAAUGCUUAUUAGCCUUACUCUAAUUCUACUUUGGGCGACAGCACUGUCGCGCGGUAAAACAGUCCAUCAGACACCCCUUGCAGUUUUCCAUCACGCUGGGGAUCCUGUGAAGCUGGACUGUAGCCACAGUAUUUCAAGCUACAACAUGAUAUUGUGGUACCAGCAGCUUAAAGAAGAAAGCGCUUUGAAACUCAUUGGCUAUAUUUACCAUACAAAUACAGACAUGGAGGCUUCAUACGAGAAAAGGUUCAAUAUCAGUGGAGCUGGUUCGAAGGCAGCCUCUCUCCACGCUCGCGGAUUUUCAUUACUCAUCUGUCUUGGUUGUGUUUCUCCAGGUCUGGGUGACGGAAGUGAUAUUACACAGUACCCUGCUAUUCUCUGGGCUCCUCGUGGUAGUGAUGCUCAGAUGAACUGCAGCCACAACAAGGGUCCUACUUUUAAUCAAAUGUACUGGUACCGUCAGUUCCCAGGGCAGCACCUUCAGCUCCUGGUGUUCACCUUUCCCGGUGGAGAAUCUAAAUUUGGGAGCGGAUUGGAAGACAAAUUUGCAGCCAUCAAAACUGUAGCCGAAAGCGGGUCUUUAACGGUGAAGAACGCGGAGGGUGAAGACAGCGGUGUGUAUUUCUGUGCAAGCACUCUCACUCACAAAGAGCCAUGCCUUUGGAUCAUAGGAAGAAAGGAGAGGAAACAGGAGCAAAUCCACACAGCCAGAGCUGGAACCAAUCUCUGUAACAUACAGCAGGACACGCUGCAUCAGGUCAUGCUGGUCCGGAGCCUAUCCUGGAAGCAAAGGUCACAAGGCAGAGAGUUCUGGCAAGAUUUCCUGAAUGGUGACAAUGAUCAGACAUCUGAAAGACUCCACCGUUCUAAUGCUCUGGCUAACAGGUUCCUCUUUUUGCCUGACAGUCCGACAAAGCCCUGCAGAGCUCAUAAAGCACCGCGGAAAUGCCGUAAAUCUCACCUGCAGUCACGAUGA